GUAGAAGAAUGUGGAAUCUGCCAUGAAAACACCACCAUCAGUCCUGACUGGUGCUGUGAUUACUAAUUGUGACCUAACAUAACCUGACUAACCCAGGGAAUGAAGAUUUGAAGUGAAGACCAAGAAUUUUUAAACAAAAAAAAAGCCCUCACAUCUUAAUCAUGGCAAACAUUACGCAUGUGGCAGUAAUGUUUGUGGACCCCCACAGCCAAGUGCCCACAGAUGAGCAUGAUCCCUACCUAGACCUUUAUGAUACGGACUAUGGGAUCCCAGCCGAGGAAAUGCCGGACACCACUCAGGGCCUGGCUUAUUUUGUGGCUACCAUUGUUAUUGGAGUUGUUCUUGUCUGCAUCAUGCUGGUGUGCGGCAUUGGUAACUUCCUGUUUAUAGCAACCCUGGCCCGCUACAAGAAACUGCGAAAUCUCACCAAUCUUCUGAUCGCAAACCUGGCCAUCUCCGAUUUUCUUGUGGCUGUUGUGUGCUGCCCUUUCUUGGUGGAUUACUAUGUUGUAAAACAGCUGUCCUGGGACCACGGGAAAGUGCUCUGUGCCUGCGUUAACUACCUCCGAACUGUGUCUCUCUACGUGUCCACCAACGCCUUACUGGCCAUUGCUGUGGACAGGUACAUGGCAAUCAUUCACCCAUUAAGGCCCAGGAUGAAACAUCAGACUGCCUACUGUCUGCUAACAGGUGUGUGGAUUGUUCCGGUCAUCAUAUCCAUACCUUCUGCUUACUUUACUUCUGCGACCAAAGUGCCUUAUGGUGCCAACCGCAGUAAAACCUUCUGCGCUCAGAUCUGGACAGUGGACCAGCAACUUUACUACCGUUCCUACUACCUCUUCAUUUUUGCCGUGGAGUUCCUGUGCCCGGUCCUGAGCAUGGCCCUGUGCUACAUGCGCAUCUCCAGGGAGCUUUGGUUCAAAAGCGUCCCUGGUUUCCAGACGGAUCAGAUCCGGAAGCGUCUGCGUUGCCGGAGGAAGACAGUCAUGGUGCUCAUUGGGAUCCUCACGGCAUACAUUCUCUGCUGGGCUCCUUAUUAUGGCUACACCAUCCUGCGUGAUUUUUACCCGACACUUAUCUCCAGGGAGAAGAACUCACUGGUGGCAUUUUACAUUAUUGAGUGCAUUGCCAUGAGCAACAGUAUGAUCAACACCUUCUGCUUUGUCAGUGUGAAGAAUAACACAGCAAUGUACUUCAAGAGGAUUGUGCUGCUUCGCUGGAAGUCCACUUACACCUCUAGGAAGACAGAUGUGAGGACACUGUCCACGCCUGUGUCUGAGGAAAUUGAUUGUAUACAGCUGAGGUAAAAAAUAAAUAAAAUUAAAUAAAAAAAAAAUAAUAAAAUACCUGUAGAUUUGGAGCUGUCUUAAGCCACUGCAGAUCCUAAGCAGAAGUGGGUCACCUAUCUGUAAAGUUAAUUUUGUUUGGGAAAGCCAUUGUAUGGUUUAGCCUUUUCUUUUGCAGUGUCGCUAACCUUUGGAAGUUCCACUGAAUGUAAAGAAAAAAAAAAAAUGAUUUUCAUUAGCCAGUUCAGUUUAAUCUACAACACACUGGAUUAAAUUUGAAUGCAACUCCAUUCAAAUUUAAGUCACAUGCAUUAUUUACCUACUACUAAUUAUCUCUGUCUGUGUUGGUAAGCUGUACAGUGGUUUUGGUGAUAAAAGUGCUUUUUCAGUGAAAAUGUACAAUAUUCAUAUUUAAGAGUUUAUCAGUUAAACCCAAGCAAGUGAGUAUUUCUCUAAUGAUCUUUUGUGGGUUUUUUUUUUUCAUUUUGUUUGUGGUAUUAUUUUCUUGAGUGCCUCUAAGUAGAUUCAUACAGCAGUAUUACUCAUGUAAUAAGGAUGUCAGUAGAUCAUUUCAAGUGGAUUACUCAUGAACCUGUUAUUACUUAGAGAACAUGACCAAUGGUUUAUUUCCUGUAGUUCUCACCUCUUUAGAUAUUUUAUGGUGACUUUUUUACUGUCUCUUUGUAUUGUCUCUUGUGCAUGAAGUUAAGACAAAUAAAUUUCAACUUGAGAAGAAAAUGUUCUCUUACACUUCAUUUUUGUCUGCUUGAAGUAAUAAACAAUAGCUAAAACACAUUGAAUUCAUAUUUGUAUGUGAUUACAAUGUAAUUAUUUGGCUGCUAAACCAACUGAUCAUAAAUAAAUAAAUCAUUAAAUCACUUAUUUGGACAAGAAAGGAUAAAGAUGCCUUCAUGCACACUCUGGUUAUUAUAAAAAGU